AUGACUGAUCGGCGCAAGGUUCCCCCAUCUUUGGAAGAGAAGCCCUCGAUCGAAGAUGCGUCCUUUUCUCGGGGCCGGCGUUCAUCAGUUGCGACAGACAAGGAAGCCCGACAAGGAAUGCUGGCCAGUGAUGCCGGGAUGGCCUUUGUUUCCGAAGUUGAUGAUAAAAACAUCACUGCCACGGCUGCCCAAUUAGACUUACCCCAGGCCCGCCAGAUUAUUCAGGAUGCAGUUUCCAAAUAUCAACUUGACCCGAAUGCCCCUAGCGGCCUUUUAGAAAGGGCCCAAGAUGCGAUCAACAACAACAAUUUGACCAGCGAUGCGGCUCAACAGAUCAUUGAUGAAAUCAAGAUUGAGGCGGCCUUGUUGGAAGAAACACCGUUCCCAGAAGUGCGCAAUGUCGCACCCAGCACUGAUGAUCCAUCGCUGCCCGUCCUUGCCCUCCCAGCUGGUCGGUUUCUGGCUACCGUCCUGCCGACGCAUGUAUUCAAACUGUUUGGCUACAGCUUCAGCCUCAACCCAGGUCCUUUCAACGCGAAGGAACACCUUCUGAUUACUAUCAUGUAUGGGGGGCAAGUCGGCGUUUACGUCACUGAUUUGAUUGCUACACUGAGGAUCAAACGGUUCUAUGGCUUGGGAGGUCGUUUCUCUGAUGUCGGCUUCCAGUUACUGAUGACCAUAUCGACUCAGAUGCUUGGCCUUGGCCUCUCUGGUAUGACGCGAAGGUUGUUCUUGGUCUACCCACCCAUGAUGAUAUGGCCGACGUCCCUGGCAAGCCUCGCCUUGAAUAACGUGUUUCACGACACGUCUAACCCAAUUGCUAACGGCUGGAAGAUGGGCCGGUAUCGGUUCUUCCUCAUAGUUUUCGUUCUUUACGGAUUGUACUUCGUAUUCCCCGAUGCCGUAGCAUCAUUCUUGGGGACGUUCAACUGGAUGACGUGGAUCAAACCUGAUAGUGUCAAUUUGGCAGCCUUAACCGGCUCUGUGUCUGGGCUUGGCUUGUGA